CCCGUGCUCCGUCUCCCAGCUGCCCCGCCAUGCGCGUGCCAUGGAAAGGCGCCGAGGACCCCUCCUCCUACUAUUACUACCACGACGCAGCCACCAUUCUUGCCCUUACACCCCGAGCUAGCUGCUAGCUACUCUCAAACAUCUCACCGUCGCGCGCCUCGCUGUCGUGUCGUUUGCCCCGGCGGCAAGCAUGGACCGGGAGGGGCUUUACGGAGGCCGUGGCGACGGCAGUCUCGUGGGCCAAGCUGACUUCGCACGGCCGCAGCAGCAGCGGCAGAUGGAGUGCUUCUCUGACGAGGCGAACAGCCGGGACGGCGAGGCGGAGGCGAACAACGGCGGCGGCCCGCAGGAGGCGGCGACCUCGGGGGGAGGAGGAGGCGACGCGGCGAGCGUGGAGACGGGGAAGCGGAGGCGGGGGCGGCCGCCGGGGUCCAAGAACAAGCCGAAGCCGCCGCCGGUGGUGACGCGGGACGUGGAGCCCGCGGCGGCCAUGCGGCCACACGUGCUCGAGGUCCCCGCCGGCGGGGACGUCGCCCGCGCGCUCGCGGGCUUCGCGCGCCGCCGCGGCCUCGGGAUCUGCGUGCUCGCGGGGACGGGCGCCGUCGCCGACGUGCCGCUCCGCCACCCGUUGCCGCCGCCCCCCGGCGCGGCCCCGGACGGCGCGGCCGUCGUCUUCCGCGGCCGGUACGAGAUCCUCUCCAUCUCGGCCACGUUCCUGGCCCCGUCCAUGUCAGCGGCGGUGCCCCGCGCUGUCAGGGACCUCUCGGUGUCGCUCGCCGGCCCGCACGGCCAGAUCGUGGGGGGCGCCGUGGCGGGGCCCCUCGUCGCCGCCACCACCGUCGUCGUCCUGGCCGCCGCGUUCACCGACCUUACCUUCCACCGGCUCCCCCUCGAGGACGAUGCGUCGGCGUCCGCCUCCGGCAGCGCCGAAGCCGACGAACACCGUGGGCAUCACCAGCCGCAGGACGCGAGCGGGCUGCGCCCGCACCUGCUCAGCGUGGCUCCGGCGACUCAGGCGGUUCCCUUGUACGGUCGCCAGUCCCAGGAGGUGUGGCCGGCGGCGGCAAGCGCACAGCGCCCACGGCCGCCGUAUCAAUAACGAACUCCGAGCCUCCGACGACGAUGCUUUUCCUGACAUCGGACGUCGCUUCUUAUACGGUCAAUGGCGCUCGAUCUAUUUCUUCAUAGUUACACAUCUGAUUAUUUCCGUCUAAUUCGUCUCGAGACAUUUGAUAGUCUGGCCAGUGUUAGGGUUUAAUAUCGGAAACAUUGAUGCUUCAGCCUUCAGAUGCUCCAGCUGGACAGCUAGUUGUUACCACUACUUUGUUAGGAUUCAGCAUUCCUGUUUGCAUAAAAACAUAUUUGAUGCCAAUGGCGAGAUCGAAGCAUGCAAAUAGUCUGUGUCA